ACGCCCGCUCCGCCGUUGGCCGCGGCGGGGCGGCGCGGCCCUGGUGACACGUCCCGGCACCGCCCGCCGCCGGGCUCCCGCCGCCAUUUUGUGCGAGCCGCGGCCGGGGCUGAGAGGGUUUCGGAGUCGCGGGGAGGGAGCUGGGCUCUUCCCUGCGCCGCCAUGCCUUCCUCGCCGCUCCGCGUGGCCGUGGUGUGCUCCAGCAACCAGAACCGCAGCAUGGAGGCGCACAACAUCCUCAGCAAACGAGGAUUCAGUGUCCGAUCCUUUGGAACAGGGACUCAUGUGAAACUGCCAGGACCAGCACCGGACAAGCCGAAUGUUUAUGAUUUCAAAACAACAUAUGAUCAGAUGUACAAUGAUCUGCUUAGGAAAGACAAAGAACUAUACACACAGAAUGGGAUUUUACACAUGUUGGACAGAAAUAAGAGAAUCAAGCCACGACCAGAAAGAUUCCAGAACUGCAAAGAUGUUUUUGAUUUGAUCCUAACGUGUGAAGAAAGAGUCUAUGAUCAAGUAGUAGAAGAUUUAAAUUCCAGAGAGCAGGAGACGUGUCAGCCAGUACAUGUGAUCAAUGUGGACAUUCAGGAUAACCACGAGGAGGCAACCCUGGGUGCUUUCCUUAUCUGUGAGCUCUGCCAGUGUAUACAGCACACAGAAGACAUGGAAAAUGAAAUAGAUGAGCUGUUACAGGAAUUUGAAGAGAAAAGUGGAAGGACUUUUCUUCAUACUGUCUGCUUUUAUUAAAGCACAUCUGUCUCUUAGGCCUUAAUACAGAUGAGGGAAGCAUGUGUUUAAAGUUUUGAUUAUACUGUAUUUUCCUGGAAAAUUAAUAUUGAUCUUUUUUGUUUAAAAACUCUUUUUUUCAGUGUCUUUUUGUUUUGUUUCAGGUAUUCUGUCACAGGUAGGCAGAGAUACUGGUGGGGCUUGUACAUAUGAGAUGAUUAAAAGUAUACACAAAGGCCACCUAUUUAAAAAUGAAAAUCAAGAUUUCCUUUAAAUCCUACUUUAAUUAUUACAAGUAGGUUUUUAAUUAUAAAGAGAAUGUUUCUUGAAUAUAAGUUUAUAAUGUAUUUUUCCAGCUUACAAAUUUAUUUUAUUUCAGUUGUGCUUUUUUUUUAUUUUAAUGUGACAGAAUGGCUGAACCAUGUGAGGAUAUGAAUGGAACAAUGAAAAACGAGUAUCUGUAUAUUAUUAGAUAUAAAGUUGGAAGCAUCCAAUAAAAAUGAAAAAAACCUGUAA